AUUGUCAUAUGGGACCUUUUAAGUUGUAUGAAUCCCACGUACAGGAAGCAGACCGCACUGGUAGACAGGUAGGCCGAGGCCUAGGACGGCAUACUGUGAUACGCUUGGAUGCUUAACAUCCCUGCAGACUGUGGUAGUCUAGCGUCCACCUCUCAGCCUUGUGCUGCGGGUGCUGCACGCCAGCUGCCAAGUACCUUGUGCCUGAGUUGCAGCCGAGCUUGAGGUCACGCUGGCCCAAUUUACCCAGGCUUGCUUGCAGACCAAGUGUCACCUCCUGCCAGCCGCCGCCUGACGCCAUCACAAGGCCGAGGCAAGGCAAGGCAAGGCUAGGCAAAUCCAACAUCCCGGGGAGCCUCGCUCGGUUUGAGUACCUCAAUUCGCACCAGCCCAGCACCCGCUCACUCAGCUGGUGACAUCUGGCCGGGCUGCCGCCCACGAGACCAAGCAAGCACGCGGUGACAGGAUGGCGGACCUGCUAUACGAUCUGCUGGCGUCGCAGCCAGGAGCCGACCUGGCAAGGACUCCUGCUGACACCAGCACUCUGGAGUACCUCGACCACCUGGCGUCUCAACCGCUCUCUUCGCUAGACAGCAGCGAGCCCCAGUCCUUGUCCCAAUCAUCACACCUGUUACUCCGUUCGUUGCAAGGGCUCUCAAAGAAGUCAUACCAGCCCAUCAUCGACUCUGCAUCUCAUCAUGCCUCUCUACAGACCGCACUGCCUGCCCUGGCAGCGAGUACGGCAGAAUUGCGACAUGCAAUUCCCAGGCUGGACAACGAGGCCGUCAAGUUCUCCAGCACCUACAACAAAGCCAGCGAGAAUGAUGUCUUGGCCAGGAGAAAGCGAGCCCUGCUCCUGUCAAGGAAUGUCGAGCGUCUCGUUGAUGUGCUGGAACUGCCAACCCUCCUGAACUCGGCCAUCUCCGCUUCUCCUCCCAAUUACUCGUCGGCGUUGGACCUCAAUGGCCACAUACGCAGGCUGCACUCUCUUUAUCCGGAUUCGCCCCUGAUCGCAUCGAUAUCGGCACAGGCGGACGAGGCGAUGAGGACUAUGGCAGCCAACCUCGUGCUCUCCCUCAAGGCCCCGGGGCUGAAACUCGCCGCCUCACUACGGACCAUCAGCUGGCUGAGACGAGUCUUACCGGAUCUCGAGUCCGCUGGCUCUCAGGAGAAGGGGCACGGCUCACAGGACAGGGCGCUGGGUGCUCUCUUCCUGGUGUGCCGGCUGGCGACGCUCAUGCACAUGCUUAAUGCCUUGGAUCCCCUAAAGGAGCUGGCCGACCAGGAGAAAUCCAGGCAAAAGUCCAUCGGAAGUGGAAACGCAUGGUCGGGAGGACAGCAGACGGAGAGGUUUCUGAAGCGGUACGUCGAGAUUUUUAGGGAACAGAGUUUCGCUAUAGUCUCGAUGUACAGGAGUAUCUUUCCGCCUUCGGCAGAAGCCUCGCCCGCAGCAGGGACACCACAAAGUGAUCCCUUGGAGCCGCUCCCUUCAACACUAUCGACGUUUCCCUUAUAUCUCGUCGACAUGCUUCUUGAGACGCUACGGCUCUAUCUACCAACCGUCAGGGACCAAGCGUCUAGGGACAGCUUGUUGACCCAAGUACUGUACUGCGCGGGUAGUCUCGGACGCUUGGGAGGUGACUUCGGGCUGUUCCUGGCCGACAUGGAUCUUGGCAGCGAGGCAGAGGAAGAAUGGGUCGAGGUGGUGAGACGACAUCGGCUUCUGGCGGGGCGUUUGGAGUCGAUAGUCGGAGAUCAGAAGGAAAAGGUAUCCAGAUAAUAGAGCAAGUUGAGAGCAGCAGGAGAAGGAAUGAGACAUGACCACUACAACGAGAAUUGUGUGAGACGCUCACCCCGAGUAGUGAGCAGAUAGAGCAAUGCUAGAUACCCUGACGUCGACCAACUCGCUGCUAAUGGGGACGUGUCAACCGCCUUCAUGUGUCAAAAAUAGCCCAUAUUUUACGAUCCAUUCAAAAAGCUCACAGCAGGACCCAAGGUCUACCUGUUUAACGCAUCGGGUGCCUCCUGGGUGUUCUCGGGAGUGCCCUGCAUGAGAGGACCCGGUGCUCUGCGGCCUGCCGAACCGGCGCCGGGUCAGCCGGCGAAAUUCAAUGCGCCGGCCAAAAAGUGGACAAACUAAAAUCGUCUCCGUCAU